CGCGUGCAUGUGGCUCCGGGCUCGCCACUGGCAGGCGCACGGGGGCACCUGCGAGUCUGCUGCUGCUGACGAGCUGGACAGCUUGGCGGGCUGCGCUCGCUGACGGGGCCUCCCGGGCUCGGGGCGGCGGCAGCGGGGCCGCGAGGUGAGAGGCUCCAGGCCUGCGCUGGUCCUCAGGUGCGCAUGGGGAUGGGUGCGGCCUGCCUGGCUGGUGGCAUUUCCCUGCAGCCUGCUGCACCUUAAUCCAAGGCGGUGGCCCUAGGAUGCACCUGUCUGCGGUGCUCAACGCCCUCCUGGUGUCGGUGCUGGCGGCUGUCCUGUGGAAGCAUGUGCGGCUGCGUGAGCACGCGGCCAGCCUGGAGGAGGAGCUGGCCCUCAGCCACCAGGCUCCAGAGCCUGGCGUGGCCCCACGCAUUGACUAUCCCAGGGCCCUGCAGAUCCUGAUGGAGGGCGGCACACAUAUGGUGUGCACAGGCCGGACGCACACGGACCGUGUCUGCCGCUUCAAGUGGCUUUGCUACUCCAGCGAGGCCGAGGAGUUCAUCUUCUUCCACGGCAAUGCCUCGGUCAUGCUGCCCAACCUGGGCGCACGGCGCUUCCAGCCAGCGCUACUUGACCUGUCCACCGUGGAGGACCACAACGCGCAGUACUUCAACUUUGUGGAGCUGCCUGCCGCUGCCCUGCGCUCCAUGCCUAAGCCCGUGUUCGUCCCCGACGUGGCGCUCAUCGCCAACCGCUUCAACCCGGACAACCUCAUGCACGUCUUCCACGACGACCUGCUGCCCAUAUUCUACACUCUGCGCCAGUUCCCGGGGCUGGCCCACGAAGCCCGGCUCUUCUUCAUGGAGGGCUGGGGCGAGGGCGCGCACUUUGACCUCUACCGGCUGCUCAGCCCCAAGCCGCCCCUCCUGCGGGCCCAGCUCAAGGCCCUGGGCCGCCUGCUCUGCUUUUCCCAUGCCUUCGUGGGCCUCUCCAAGGUCACCACUUGGUACCAGUACGGCUUCGUGCAGCCCCAAGGCCCCAAGGCCAACAUCCUCGUGUCUGGCCAUGAGAUCCGGCAGUUCGCGCGCUUCCUGACGGAAAGGCUGAAUGGGAGCCACUCGGGGCCCUUGCCAGCUGAGGACUAUAUCGUGGUCUUCAGCCGCACCCACAACAGGCUCAUCCUGAACGAGGCCGAGCUGCUGCUGGCGCUGGCACAGGAAUUCCAGAUGAAGACAGUGACAGUGUCACUGGAGGAGCAUACCUUCGCAGACGUGGUGCGGCUGGUCAGCAGCGCCUCCAUGCUGGUCAGCAUGCACGGGGCACAGCUGGUCACUGCGCUGUUCCUGCCACGGGGCGCGGCCGUGGUGGAGCUCUUCCCCUAUGCCGUCAACCCUGACCACUACACGCCCUACAAGACGCUGGCCACGCUGCCCGGCAUGGACCUGCAGUAUGUUGCCUGGCAGAACCUGCUGCCCGAGAACACGGUCACGCACCCCGAGCGGCCCUGGGACCAGGGUGGCAUUGAGCACUUGGACCGCGCCGAGCAGGCCCGCAUCCGGCAGAGCCGCGAGGUCCCACGGCACCUCUGCUGCCGGAACCCUGAGUGGCUCUUCCGCAUCUACCAGGACACCAGGGUGGACAUUCCGUCCCUCCUUCAGGCCAUCCGGCGCGUGGUAAAGGGCCGCCCGGGGCCACGCAGGCAGAAAUGGGGGGUCGGCCUGUUCCCUGGCAAGGUGCGGGAGGCGCGAUGCCAGGCAGCCGUGCAGGGCGCCUCUGAGGCCCGGCUCACAGUGUCCUGGCAGAUGCCCUGGAAUCUCAAGUUCCUGAAGGUGCGGGAGGUGAGGUAUGAGGUGUGGCUGCAGGAGCAGGGUGAGAGCACCUACGUGCCGCACACCCUGGCGCUGCAGAACCACACCUUCACUGAGAACAUCAAGCCCUCUACCACCUACCUAGUGUGGGUCCGCUGCAUCUUCAACAAGACGCAGCCUGGGCCCUUCGCAGAUGUGCUGGUCUGCACCACGUAGCGGCAUCGGGCCGGCUCUGUGGUCCUACAGUGGUGACUGCGGACGAUGCCUUUAUUCAUUGAGCAGACGGCAGCCUGUCUUUCCCCCUGCCCCUGGGGGUGGACGCCCACCCUUUCUCUGUCCUGGUCAUCCACACUGAGGCCCCUUACAAAGAGGAGGUGAGGACCCAGGAACUACACUGGCUAAGUGACCUUGUUUCCUUCCGAGUCCCUGGGGUUGGUGCCAGGCCCCUGGGGACCUGCCAUCAUGUGGUCAGCAGGUUCACUGGUGCACCAGUGUGUCCAGAAGGGUCAUUAAAUGAUUAUGAAUGUC